AUGGAUCAUGCAUUGACUCGUGAUGAUACAACGAUGGCCAAUGAUUUGGUUCAUUCCAUGUCAAUGCUUUGUAAUCACCAAAAUAUUGGAUCCAAAACCAUUCAACAAGAACAAGCACUUUCCGAUGUUCAAUUCAAUUUUUCUGCAACGAUCAAGGAUCACAUUUUCGUUGAUAUUAAUUCUGAUUGUGGAAUUUGUUUAUUGCCUCUCUAUGAUGACACUCCAGUUUACAAGUUAGAGAAAUGUGAUCACGUAUUUCAUCUCACAUGCGUCUAUCGAUGUCUUGAAAGUAGAAACAUUCCUAACAAUUGUGUCAAGUGUUAUUCAUCAAUAUCUAGAGAAGAAGAAAAGAAAGUUAAAUUAAUUUACAAAGAUGAAGUUCGAUCAAGGAGACUCGCCAAAAGAGCUUCCAAUAAUCGUCAUACAGAAGAUUCCAAAACCAACCAUGAAAUACAAAAUGCAACAGAAGAUUCCAAAGCAACAACCAUAGUUGCAACUGAGAGAAAGGUUUCUUUCUCUCUACCCCAUGUCAUCAAUGACAAACUGACCAUUACCAAUUAUGGAUACUUUUUAAAUUUCGACACUAGAUAUCCUGUUCAUUACAAAUGUACAUCAUGGUUGCACGAGUCUUAUCAAUUUUAUUGUGAAAUUGAAUCUAAUCCAUCAUACCAACAAGAAGGUGAUGCUGUCUAUGUAUUUAAGGCACGGUGUGAUGAUCCACCCAUUGACGUGGAAGCAUUCACACAAAGUGAAUUGUCCAAGAAAAUUGAACAACAUCUUCCACAUUCGACCAACAAUAGAAGAAAGAAAACAGUUGUAAAUGUUUCACAAUUAUUUGGACUUCAGAAUAGGAAGGUGAAAGCAGUGUUGGAACAAUUGAGACAAGUGCCUUCUCAUGAAGCAUGUCAUGACCAAGAAGUCUUUGAAGCAACAAGAGUCGUCGUCAGGAGUGCGGCGACCACUCAAGAACACUGCUUGGAUUCCUCUCUUGAGCACAACCACAUUGAUAAAUCAGACCAUGACAACAUUAGAGCUACCGUGGGACAUCAACAUCCACAGACCCUUCAAGUUUUAGAAAAUCAUUCAACAUUGAAAAGAAAACAAAUGUGUGAAGAAGAGGAUCAUAGACUCUCUCUCGUACGACUCGAUACUACUACUACUACUUGUCAGGACUCGUUAAAGAAAAAGAGAAAGAUGUACCUAUUCGAACCAGGAAGAACGUUAUUUAGUGAGAAUUUUUCAUCAGCGUUCAUGACAAGCAUGAAUCAUUGCAUCAUUACAACAAGUUUCAACCAAUUUACCGAUAUAUCUUUCAAGCAUUGGAGUGAGCAAAUAUCUACGAUUACGACGACGCACAAGGAUAUCUUGACUCUGGUGAAGAACUUUUUAAUUGACCAGUAUCAUUUGACAUCAUCUCCCAUUUUUGUGAAUUCUCCUCGUUAUCAGUCCAUCCAAUCACUCGAGAGUAUUUCAGAACGUGAUUUCAAGACAAUAGCCAACAUUUACAUGUAUACAUGUCAUUUCAAUGAGUUUCAAUCCAUCAUCAACAAUGAUUAUUGUACCUUGUAUGAUAUUUUCAUGUGUUCGGAAUCUUCCAUGUCUCUUCAUUGUGUGAUGCAAGUGUAUGAAUUGUUUUGUACUCUCUCUCAACAGAAUGCUGCACUCCAAAGUGAUAUUAUUUAUUCAUGUUUGAAAACUCAAAUCGAACAUGAUGAAUCUAUGGAUCUAUUGAGUAUGGUGAAUGUAUUCUACAAGAUAUUUCAAAGAAAAUUGUAUUCCAACGAAGAACUUGUACAUGCAUGUCGUUCCAUUGUUUCAUGGUCAUGCAAGUUCUUCAGACCAUCUCAUCCUGUUGUUGCAAGUUGGGAUAACCACUCAACGUUGAGUCAUGUACAGAGUAAUUCCACCACACCUUGUUGCAACCAAGAACCAUCUUUUUGCAUGAAUAGCAUGACCACAGCUACUACUUUCGAUGGUAGAGAAAUAACUGCAUGCGAGAAACAUGUAUUGUAUGGACUGUACAUACUUGCCAAAAGCAUUGAUUACUUUAUCAUGAAAAAUUUGAAUACUCAAACCAUCUUGUUGAAUCUUUCUGUAAUCAUUCAACAUGCUCAACAUGUAGUAGACUUGAAAGAGAUUGGACAAGUCAUUAGAUCUUGUUGUAUAGAGUUAUCACCAAAUCAGACGAUUCAUCACGACACGAAUGAAAAUCUUAAUAGACUCAGAGUUGAGACCAUGAAAGAAUUAGUAACACCAUCACACUCCAUACGGCCAGAUAUUGAAACGCAUUUAAGGAGUGAGAUCUUACCAUCAUCCAACUCACAACCAUCCCAUGUACAAUCAUCCAACUCUCAACCAUCUAUUAUACAAUCAUCCAACUUUCAACCAUCCAAUGUACAAUCAUCCAACUCACAAUCCUCGAGGAAGGUAUCAAUGCCUCAUGAAGAGACAAGUUUGAAUUCUAAACAUUCAAAAACUCACAACCUCACUACUUGUAGAAAUCAAAAUAAUUCUGACCACUCGCCGCACUCCCUUUUUAAUUCCAAACCAUCGAGUAGUAAUUACACAAAGACUAAAUACAGAGUGGUGACCACUCAGAGCAAUAUGACAUCUCCAUUGGACACUAGUGAUCAUGCUGAUACGAAACCAUUGCUGAUUGAAAAUAACCAUUCGAGUCAAGAAAGAUUUUCUGGUACUACCAGCCAUUUAAAAUCUAUUCAGUUCAUGAAUCAUGAAACCUCUCAGUUGACAUCUCUAUCAUCAGUAUUUUCACAAGCAACAAAAUCUCAUCAUUUGGAUCACAUGGAUUUUUCACACGGUGAACAAAAUGGAGAUUUCAUAGUGAAUUCUAAUGCACAAAAUAAUCGAAUGGAAGAAGGUGAGGACGAAAUUGCGAGUUUCCAUUUUAGCUCUUCGUCUGGUUCCCUCAUUUCAGAAUUGAAAGGAAAUGUUAGAAUGAAUCCUACAAUAGUAUUCCAAUAUUUCCAUAUUUUGAGUGAGUAUCAUCACAAUGUGAUGAGAAUAUAA